CAGCAGAUGUCUGACCUGCUCCCACUGCUCCCAGUCCUGGACCAGUUCCGCUCGGAUUCGCGGCUGAUCGCGGCGCUGAGGGCGGAGGUGGCCAACGUGUCCCUGGAGCUCGGGUGGCCCUGCAGGGAGGAGUUGGGGCCUUCGACUCACGAGGAGCUCCAGCAGCGGCUCCUGCUGCUCCAGGCCCGGCUCCACGCCUGCCUCCAGAGGCUGGGCUGUGGGAAGCUGACCGGGGUCAGCAACCCCAUCACCGUCCGCGCCUCCGGCUCGCGCUUCGGCUCCUGGAUGAGCGACACCGUCACCCCCAGCGCCGACAGCCGGGUGUGGUACAUGGACGGCUACCUCCGCGGCCGCCGCGUGCUGGAGUUCCGCACCCUCGACGACUUCGUGGCGGGGCAGAACUUCAUCCAGCACCUCCUGCCCCACCCCUGGGCGGGCACGGGGCACGUGGUGUUCAACGGCUCCCUCUUCUACAACAAAUACCAGAGCAACGUGGCCGUCAAAUACCACUUUGGCUCCCGCAGCGCCCUCGUCCAGCGCAGCCUCCCCGGCGCCGGCUACAACAACACCUUCCCCUACUCCUGGGGCGGCUUCUCCGACAUCGACUUCAUGGCCGACGAGAGCGGCCUCUGGGCCGUCUACACCACCCAGCAGAACGCGGGCAACAUCGUGCUCAGCAGGCUGGACCCGCACAGCCUCGAGGUGCUGCGCUCCUGGGACACCGGGUACCCCAAGCGCAGCGCCGGCGAGUCCUUCCUCAUCUGCGGGACCCUCUACGUCACCAACUCCCACCUGGCGGGGGCCAAGGUCUACUUCGCCUACGACACCGGCAGCUCCAGCUCCGAGCACACCGACAUCCCCUUCCACAACCAGUACUCCCACAUCUCCAUGCUGGACUACAACCCCCGCCAGAGGGUCCUCUACACCUGGAACAACGGCCACCAGGUCGUCUACAACGUCACGCUCUUCCACGUCGUCAACACCAGCGGGGACAUCUGAGCAUUGGGGGUGGAUUUGGGGGUUCCACGCUGGGUUUGGCUCCAGGAGCUGCUGAUUCCACCCCAGAUCCAGCUCUGAUUCCAGGCUGGGUUUGGCUCCAGGAGCUGCUGAUUCCAUCCCUGAUCCAGCUCUGAUCCCAUCCUGGAUCCAGCUCUGAUUCCACCCUGGAUGCAUCUCCAGGAGAUUCUGAUUCCCCCCCGGAUCCAGCUCUGAUUCCAUCCUGGAAUUCCACCCUGAUUCCACUCUGGAUGCUUCUGCAGGAGCUUCUGAUUCCACCCCAGAUCCAGCUCUGAUUCCACUCUGGAUCCACCUCCAGGAGCUUCUGAUUCCAUCCCAGAUCCAGCUCUGAUUCCACUCUGGAUCCUCCACUCUGGAUCCACCUCCAGGAGCUUCUGAUUCCACCCCAGAUCCAGCUCUGAUUCCACCCCAGAUCCAGCUCUGAUUCCACUCUGGAUCCAUCAGUGGCUCCUCCAGCUCCGAGCACACCGACAUCCCCUUCCACAACCAGUACUCCCACAUCUCCAUGCUGGACUACAACCCCCGCCAGAGGGUCCUCUACACCUGGAACAACGGCCACCAGGUCGUCUACAACGUCACGCUCUUCCACGUCGUCAACACCAGCGGGGACAUCUGAGACUUGGGGGGUGGAGAAGGGUGGGUUUGGCUCCAGGGAGCUGCUGAUUCCAUCCCUGAUCCAGCUCUGAUUCCCUCCUGGAUCCAGCUCUGAUUCCACUCUGGAUGCAUCUGCAGGAGCUUCUGAUUCCACCCCAGAUCCAGCUCUGAUUCCAGGCUGGGUUUGGCUCCAGGAAGUUCUGAUUUCACCCCAGAUCCAGCUCUGAUUCCACCCCAGAUCCAGCUCUGAUUCCAGGCUGGGUUUGGCUCCAGGAA